AUGGCCGAGGCACUGGCAGCAGCUUUCACGGAUAAUCUCUUAACGUGUAGCAUCUGUCUGGGAGAGUAUGAAGACCCCCGUGUGCUGCCUUGCUACCAUACAUUUUGCUAUGGUUGUAUAUGUGACCAUUUUAAGAGAACUAGUUCUCCAAAUAGAACAUUUUUAUGCCCUGUUUGCCGGGAAAAAAUCCAGUUUCCAGCUGGUGGACUUAGUCAUCUGAAAAAGAACUUUGUCUUUAGCAAAGCCAAGGACAUCAUUACCCAGCAACAAGCAUAUACAGGGACAUUAGACAGUGAACAGACCAAUGUAGCAGCAGUGACACAAGCAAAUGCAGAAAUGACCAUCAGUUGUGAGAAACAUCCUGAUAAUAAGCUAAAAUAUUACUGUGAAGAAGAUGAUACCAUUGUAUGUGGUGACUGCGCAUCAACAGACCACUACAGACAUGGUAUUGUGCCAGUUGAAAAACUUGCAAAUGCCAAUCGAAAUAAAGUUAAAACUGCCCUUGUGAAAAUUUUGCCAAAACUAAACAUGUUCAAAGAUGCAGUGGCAAAGGAAACAGCCACUGAAAGAGAAGAAUCGAGACUCAUGACAGCGUCCAUCAAAAAAAUCAAAGAACAGGCUAAACGUAUCCGAAGAUUGGUUGAUCAGAGAGAGCAAAAACUGAUAUCAGAAGUAACUUCUGCUGGAUAUAUUAGACAAAAGCAGAAGGAGGCCAACAAGGACGCCCGUGAACUUCACCAUGCCUCCUUGCACAGUGCUUGCAAUUUUGCUCAGGAACUAAUAACAAAUGGUUCCGACUCUGACAUCAUGAUUCACAGUAAAGCUCUGACAGAGAGACUCACAGCAAUGGAGAAAAUACCAGUAGCAACUCUGGACAUAUCAGCAAAGAUAUCUUACACCCCUGGUAAGAUAUCUGCUGCUGGACUGGAGGUCAUGUUAGGACAGGUGACAGUGCAGUCACAACCUCCUAGAACUUGUAGACUGGAGGAAAAUCUUCCGAAUCCAAGAUCAGCACCACAUCCUCCCAUUUUCUUAGAAAAGGCAAAAUGUGUGAACAAUUUCUGUCCUAGACUGAAAGACAAUAAAAUCAUGUACAUAACUGGGUUGGCCAUAGAUGAACAACACAUGUAUAUUGUGGAUAGAGCUAGUGAAAAAACAGGGGUAUUCACACAUAAAGGACAAUUCAAGUUUGACUUUAAAGUAAACAGUCUAUUUGAUGUGACUGUGUCACAGACUGGUCACCUGUAUAUAACAUCACGGGGUGACAAAUGUGUCCAUGUGUACUCCACCAGGGGUCAGCACCUAACAACCAUGGGUUGUGGUAGACUUGAGAUGCUGAGUGGUGUCACACUGAACAGACAAGGUCAUGUGAUGGUUUGUGAUGGUUCAAACAAAUCUAUCUUCACAUUCCAUCCAUACAGUGGACAGCUUCUGAACACUAUUCCACUUAGUAUGUGUGAAGACCCCAUUUAUAUCACAGUGAACAGUUUGAAUGAUAACAUUGUGAUAUCAGACUGGGGCAGUAACUCUGUACACAUCCUGUCACCUACAGGUAACCAGCUGUACCAGUACGGCACAUAUGGCAGUGGUGAUGGUCAGCUGGGUUAUCCACAUGGGGUGUGCACAGACAGCUAUGGUCACAUCUUCAUUGCUGCCUAUUAUAACCACAAGAUAGUGGCACUGAGUCCACAGGGACAGUUCAUCACAAACAUUGCCACUGAGGAUGAUGGGUUAUUGUGUCCCAUGACAGUAGCCAUCAACCCUGCUGGCCAGCUGGUGGUGACAGACGAAGCUGGCAAAGUUAUGACAUUCCAGUAUUUACGAUAA